CCCCCUUCCCCGUUUUGAUUCCCAGUGGACGGUCCUGGGCCCGUCCCUUCGGACGGCGAUGUUCUGGCUGUACCUUUGGUCCGGUGCGGCUGGGGGGUCAGUGCCCAUUGGCAGCGUCAUUGUGACCCAGCUGAAUCGCCACGUGCCGAGAGGCGAGGUCGCUUACCACUCCGCCUAUGUGACGUCGCUGACUACGAGCAUCGCCUGCUUGUUGAUGUUGCCUGCGGCCCUUGCGUCCAAGGCACCCUGGAGCUGGCCGAGCAAGUGGUACGCGCCCCUGGGAGGAGCCUUCAUGAUGGCCGACUUUCUCAUCGUCCCCGCCUUCCGCGUCCUCGGCAUUCAGGUUGUGCUGGUGGCGAUGUUGCUGGGCAUGCUGUUCACUGGCAUGAUCUUCGACUGCCGCGAAGGCCUCCUGAAGUACACGGAGUACCGACGCCUCUGCGGCUUCCUGGUGGUCAUGGUCGCAGUGGCGAUAAACUAUGCGGCUCUGCCUGGGGAGUCGGACGCCGCAGCCCACUUUGGUGCCAGCUCUGUAGCGUAUUUGCUCAUUUCGUUUGGAGUGGGAUGUGGAUAUGCGCUGCUGGCAAAGUGCAACAACCAGUUGAGCAAGGACCUAGGCACCUCCAUGCGGGCAUCCGCAUUUUCCGCCGCGGUCACCGUGGCAUGCCGGAUACCGCUGAUGAUUUGGAUCCACAGCUCCAGGGGUCUUUUGCCCACCUUCCACUCGGAUGACUGGUACUGGUUCCUGGGCUCAGCGCUGCAGAACGCCUUCUACAUUCUGUCAACGGCGAAGCUUCCGGGCCUCCUGGGCUACUCCGUGAACAACGUCGUGAUGCUGGUAGGGAAGUUGUGCUGCAGCGCGCUGGUGGACGCUUUGGGCUGGUCGGGCCAUAAAGUGCCUGUGGACCUCGUGCGCGCGCUGAGCAUGGUGAUGGUCUUUGUAGGCGUCGUCAUGUUCUCAGUGAAGUCCUUCCGGGACCUCUUCGCAGAUAACUCGCCCAACGAAGAUUUUAUCGUGCCGGAGAAAGCAGGAUUUGAGGAGAGAAGCCUCAUAGACAGCACCAACUUUGUGUCGUCGGGGCAUUUCACCAACAACAACGUAGCAGACUUAGACACAGAGGCCGAGUCCGAUGUGGACACAGAGUCUUUGAGCUCUCAGUGACGGCUUGCAGCCCAAAACGGGUCGUCCUUUUGACCGGUGGUUAACC